CUUGUACCCUUGGAAUAUAUGAUGGUGGCUUGGGUGACGGAGACGAGAUGAGAUAAAGUAAUCCUGAGAAAGAGCGAAAGAGAGAAGGAAUGGGGGACGAGAAGGUGAAGGCAGAGGCUUUAGAGUUACUGGGAAUGUUCCAAGUGCUUCCCAGAUUGGUUGUCUUCGAUCUUGAUUACACUCUUUGGCCUUUCUAUUGCGAAUGUCGCUCCAAACGUGAAAUGCCAUCAUUGUAUCCCCAGGCUAGAGGCAUACUGUAUGCAUUGAAGGAAAGAGGGAUCGAUCUUGCCAUUGCUUCCAGGUCACCAACUCCAGAUAUAGCAAAGACAUUUCUUGACAAAUUGAGCAUCAAGUCAAUGUUUGUAGCUCAGGAGAUCUUUUCAAGUUGGACACACAAGACCGAUCAUUUCCAGAAAAUUCACUCAAGGACUGGGGUCCCCUUUAAUUCAAUGCUUUUCUUUGAUGAUGAGAACAGGAACAUCCAAGCGGUUUCAAAGAUGGGUGUAACGAGCAUUUUGGUAAACAAAGGAGUAAAUGUUGGAGCGUUGAGGCAAGGUCUUACAAAAUACUCUGAAAAUGUGAACAUAUCUGAAAAGAACAAGCAGAAAUGGCGCACAAAGUUCUCCCAAAGUUCAAAUUCAUCAAAGAAGAAUGAGAGUGAAGAUAAAUGAGUCCGCUGUAGAUGUGGAUUAUAUACCAACUACUUGGAACUUAUGAAACGGUUCCUUGUAUUGUUAAGGGUCAUUCUGUACAACUGCACCCUUGUUGUGGCUACUGAUUUGUUGUAUCAAAAAAUACCAACAAUUGUUCUUGGACCUCUCUGGUUAUCCUGUA